AUGGCGCCUGCCCUCACAGAGAUCGAUCCUCGUCACAUCGCGCCAAACCACAGCAAUAAGAGGUCUAGCCUCUCCGCCAAAUCACCACUUGCGUCUUCGCCGUCACUCUCUGCCUUUCUGAAAAAGGGCGUACCUAUCGUUGCCAUCUCGCCACCCGCUCAUUCAACCCACAACAUGGCGCCCAACAAGCUCGAUUUGCCUGCGCACCAAAAUGGCUGGUCUGGCUACUCGUCCAGUCCAGACAGUUCGCCUGAUGUCGAGUCGCAAGCACCAAGUCUCACAACAGGCUCCACCUCUGCUUCCGUGGAGAGCCUAGAGUCUGUUCAGGACGCUCACCACCGCAGUCUCAGCGCUCGAUUCCAGAAUGGCAAGCGCGACGUUGCUUACGGCGCUGAUGGAACCCUUGUCUACGGCUCAGCUCACGAACAAGCUCCCACUAGCUUCGACAGUAGCCAAGAUGGCGCAAAGCUCAUUCAUUCCGAGUUUGGCUACUGCGCCAACCCCGACUACCGUUACACAUCCGAACACCGUCGUGGCGAUCCACUUCCCAACCCAGUUGAGGAGGAACCAAGCUAUUUCACCGUCUUGACCACAUACAUCAGCUACAUCAUCCUCAUCCUUAUCGGUCACAUGCGUGACUUCGCCGGAAAGCGCCUCUUCCCUAAAAGCUACCACCACCUCAUGGAGCGCGAUGGCUACGCUGCCCUCAACUCGGACUUUGACAGUUUUUACACUCGUCGUCUCAAGGCUCGUAUGGACGACUGCUUCAGCCGUCCCGUUACCGGUGUUUGCGGCAGGACUGUCGUCUGCCUCGACCGUGUCGCGCUCGACUACUACCAGACCUUCCGUUUGACCGGCGAGAAGACGCGUGCCCUCAACAUCAGUGCUUACAAUUACCUCGGUUUCGCCCAGUCCCACGGUGGCUGCGCUGACGCAGUCGAGACUUGCUUGCGAAAAUACGGUGUUAGCAGUUACGGUAGCCGUCUCGGCGCGGGUCACCUUGAUUUGCAGCAACAGACCGAGAGACUUGUGGCCAAGUUUGUUGGCAAGGAAGAGGCUGUUGUCAUCAGUAUGGGCUUUGCUACCAACAGCACCACUAUCCCUGCCAUUGCCGGUCCCGGUACUCUGAUCAUCUCCGACGAAUACAACCACAGCUCGAUCCGGUUCGGUGCCCGUCUCAGUGGCGCUCACAUCCGACAGUACCAGCACAACGACAUGAAGAAGCUCGAGUCACUGCUUCGCGAGUGCAUCAGUCAGGGUAUGCCACGAACCCACCGACCUUGGAAGAAGAUUCUCUUGAUUGUCGAGGGUCUCUACUCUAUGGAAGGCACUCUGGUCAACUUGCCUGAAGUGAUGCGUCUCAAGGAAAAGUACAAGUUCCACCUGUACAUUGACGAGGCUCACUCCGUCGGCGCUAUCGGCCCCAAGGGUCGUGGUGUAUGCGACUACUUCGGUGUCGACCCGGCCAAGGUCGAAAUCUUGAUGGGCACUUUCACCAAGUCGUUCGGUGCUGCUGGUGGUUACAUCGCCGCUGACAAGAGCAUCAUUGACCGCAUCCGAUUGACCAACCACGCAAACGUCUACGGUGAAACUCUCUCGCCUCCCGUUCUUACCCAGAUUGUUGCCUCUAUGGCCUCGAUUAUGGGUGUCGGACGUGACCCGGAAGAGCUCGCCCUUCUCCCAAGCUGGGUUCAGCUCCCUCACAACCUCCUUGACGGCAGUGAAGGUCGCGAACGAUUGCGUCGUCUUGCAUUUAACGCACGAUAUCUUAGCAGCGGUCUGCGCAAGCUCGGGUUCAUCAUCUAUGGUCACAGAGACUCUCCCAUCGUUCCUUUGCUCAUCUUCCACCCUGCCAAGAUGUCGCUCUUUUCACGUAUGAUGCUCGAUCGAUCUUCGGUACUGCCUCCAUCGCAACGCUUUGCAGUUCAAGAAUCGGAUCUGUCACCAGAGCAGAGGAAGGAGAUCGAAGACCCAGCAUCGCCCGCCAACAUCGACCGUCCCGCACGACCACCCAUUGUUGUGGUGGUGGUUGCGUACCCUGCAACGCCUUUGAUCUCUUCGCGUGUGCGAUUCUGCGUCAGUGCUUCGCAUACAAAGAAGGACAUCGACGAUGUAUUGAGGGCUUGUGACGAGGUUGGUACCUUGUUGCAUCUCAAGUACGGCUCAGGUGGUCCAGGUGGCAGAUGGAACGUUGAGAAGGUAAUCGACCGAUGCUUGGAUUUGGUUCACUGGAACGGUGAGGACCCUAUCAACUAG